AUGCAGAAGAGUAUGCCGCGUCAAAUCGAAGACAGCAAUAAUCGGCAGACGGGAAGGACCUCGGUGCUAUCACACAAGUCGUUCUUGGAAGACCUGGCGUCGUCUCAAGCGGUACUGCGCCUGCCGUUCCAGGACGUCGGAGACGAAGGACUGCUGCGUGUACAGCAGCAGUUUGCUAUGCUCAUCUUUGCACCCAGCGCCAACGUUAGCGCAUCGAUGCUAUGA